AUGAUUCACACUAUAUAUAUUUAUGGUCGACAUUUUGACUUAUAUUGCAUGGAUUGUGUAUUUAUCAGGGGGAAGAGUGAUGAGGAGAAGGCCAAGAAUGGGAUCAAGGACAACUUGGUGAGGUUUAGCUUUGGGAUUGAGAAGUUUGAGGAUCUCAGGGAUGAUAUUCUCCAAGCCCUGGAGAAGAUUUAG